UUUAAUUCCUCUAUACCUGAGUACAGGCACUAUACGGGGAUUUCAAUGUAUUAAUUUACUUGGUUCACUAAAUAAGUCUUAGAAAUGGGAGGGGAUGGUGGAAGUAUACCAAGUCGCGUUGAUUUGGUGCGUACUUCUGGCUAUAAAUUUACCAGGAACAUCGGUGGUAUGGGCUAUUUGCCAAACACACAGAGUAGAGUCACAAAUGAACACUUGACUAGUAAUAAGAUUAAAGAACUCAGAUGGUCAAUUUGUGCGUUAUCUCAGGAACCACUGUCAAUACCUAUUGUAGCCUGUAAACUAGGACUCUUGUAUAAUAAGAAGUCCGUUAUAGAGUAUAUUUUAUCAAAAAAACCCAAAUCAUCGUUUGAGCAUAUAAAAGGUCUAAAGGAUGUAAAGGAUGUCAAAUUCAUUAUAUCUAAGGACAACGGCAGGUUUAUUUGUCCGAUUUUACGCAGCGAAUUUUCCGGUUCUAAUCGUGGUGUAUUUAUACGGAAGUGUGGAUGUUGUAUAUCUGAAAAGGCUUUUAAGCAAUUUCUCAAAGAUUCAAACACAGAGGAGAAUGGUUGUCCGAAUUGUGGCAGUAUUUUUAGAUAUAACAAGGCCUUAAGCCAAGAUCAACCUCAAAAUACAAUUCUUGAUUCUGAUAUUGUUCUACUUGUACCGGAUUUGAAUGAAGAGAGUUUAUUGAGGGCGAACCUUUUAUCGCAGUCCAAAGCCUCUAAGUCAUAAGCACUUUGCACUCUCGCUGAAGUG